AUGGAUAUAAUAAAAAAUUUAAAUGAGAAUGAUAAAAUUCGUAAUAUUUGUAUUUUAGCUCAUGUAGAUCAUGGAAAAACUACGUUAGUUGAUAAUUUAAUUAGUUCUAACAAAAUAAUUAGUGACAAAAAUAUUGGUAAGAUAAAAUACUUAGAUAGUAGAGAAGAUGAGCAAAAGCGGCAAAUAACUAUGAAAAGUUCUAGUAUUUUAUUAACACAUAUAUACAAUAAAAAUUAUUUAAAUGAGAUGUUUAUUGAUAAAGAUAAUAAUAUAGAAAAUGAAAGUGGGAAAAAUAAUGAAAGUAAAAUAAAAGAUGAAGACAAAAUAAAUGAUAACAUGAAAGAAAAAAAAAACACAAAUGAUGAUAAAAUUCUGGAAGAAAAUAAAACCUAUUUAAUAAAUAUAAUUGAUACACCUGGUCAUGUAGAUUUUUCUUCAGAAGUUUCAACUUGUAUUAGAAUAUGUGAUGGUUCAAUAAUACUUAUUGACUGUAUAGAAGGUAUAUGUAGUCAAACAAAAAUAGUUUUAAGACAAACAUGGAAAGAAAUGAUAAAAAGUAUUUUAGUUAUUAAUAAAAUUGAUAAAUUAAUAACAAAUAAAAAUAUGGAUAGCAUUAGUGCCUAUGAGCACAUAAAUAAUAUAAUUGAACAAGUUAAUGCUUAUAUUUAUCAACUAUAUAUUGAAGAAAAUAUGAACAAUGAUAGUAUAGAAACUUCCGAAUUAGAAAAAUAUACCUAUUCUCCAAUAAAAGGAAAUGUAUUACUAUGCAGCAGUAUACAUUGCUGGUGUGUAGAUAUGAACAUUUUCUCUUUUUUAUUUUGUAAAAAAAUGAAUAUAAGUCAUAGUAAUAUUGAUAAAAUUAAAAAAUACAUGUGGAAUCAAUAUUAUUUUAAUAUGAAGGAAAAAAAAAUUUUAAAAAUUACAAAUGACACAUGUUCAUCUAACAAUAACAUAAAAAAAAAAAAGAAAAAUUUAUUCUCUUUAGUUGUUCUUGACUUUUUAUGGAAGAUAUAUGAUAUUACUAUUAAAAAUAGAGAUGAUGAAAAAAUAAGGAAUUUAUGCUCAGAAUUAAAUAUUUCUGAUUCUUUCUUAAAAAAAAACACACAAAAUAAUAUUGAAAACAAUACUUUUAUUCUAACUUGUAUUAUGUCAAAAUUUUUAAAUAUAUCCAGAUCUAUAUUUAAUACUUGUAUUGAAAUGUUUCCAUCACCAAAAAAAAUGGAUGAAAAUAGACUUUUUAAAAUUUUUCCUUCUUUAUAUAAUAAAGAAAUAUAUAAAAAUAUAAUAAACUGUUCUACUGAUAAUUUUACCAUUAUUUAUAUAUCGAAAUAUAUUUGUGCAAAUUUACAAAAUAAUACUUUAGUUGGAUUUAAGGGAUUUUAUGAUAAAAACACUUUUCUUGCUAUCUGCAGAAUAUAUUCAGGAAUCUUAUAUGAAAAUAUGAUUUUGUAUAUAUGUGGAAAAAAUAUUAAGAUAUUAGUAAAAAAAAUAUAUAUAUGCAUGGGAGGAGAUCUUUUAUCUAUUAAUGAAGCAUAUGCAGGUAAUAUUGUUGCUGUAUACCUUUCGUUGAUAAAAGAAAAUUAUGAAAAUAAUAAAGAGAAUCAAAGAAAUGUCAUGGAAAAAGAAAAUAUUGAAAGUAAUGAUAUAAGUCAAAAUUCGAAAUAUUAUAAUGAUUCUGAUAAAAAAGAAAAAAGAGAAGACUCUUUUGAAAAUAUACAUAAUAACAUAAAUAAUAAAAUUUUGAAUGUAUCAGAAAAUAUUAAUAAAAUAAAUAACCAAAUAAAAAGUAAUAAUGAACAUUUUAUUAAUAACCUUGGAGAUAUUGAUGGGGAAGAUUUACAAUAUUUAUCAAAUACCUUAAUGAAUUUAAUUAAAAAUAAAAGAAGCAAAAAAGAAUAUAAUAUAUUUUUAAUGAAUAAUGAAUGUAUAUUUUUAAAUAAAAAUGUUACGUUAUCAAAUCAAGAAAAUAUUGAUUCUUUUAUUCUACCUUUUACUGAUACAUGUUCAACCAUUUUGCAUACAAUUGUAGAACCCAAAAAUAUCCAAGAUAUGAAUAAAUUUCUUUAUGGUUUAAUUUUAUUAUACACUUGUGAUACUUCUAUUGAUAUAGAUUUUAAUGAAAGAGGAGAAUAUAUUUUGAAGUUCUGUGGCGAAAUACAUAUGCAGAAAUGUCUAUCAGAUUUCGUUAAUAUAUACAGUAAUAUAGAAAUAAAAACCUCAGAUGCUAAUAUUUCUAUUAGAGAAGGAAUUAACGAUAAUUAUAUGAAAAUAAAAAGAAAAAAAAACAAAAUUCAUGAUAACUUAAAAGGUUUAUAUAAUUAUUAUUUAAAAGUUCAAAUGUCAAAUGAUACGAAAAAUUUUGAAAAUUGCAUAAAUAAUGAUACAACUAAAGAAAAUUCUAAAAUUAUAUCAAAUAACGAUAAUAAUAAUAAUAAUAAUAAUAAUAAUUUAAUCAAAGAAAAAAAUAAUACCCAUAAAGAGAAGAAUAUUAAUACUACAAAAAUGGAAAGUAAUAGUUCUGAUAAUUUUUUUAAAAAUAUUAAUUUAGAAAAAGAUAAUCAUUUUUUAAAUAUAUUAUUUAAUUAUAGUCACAAUACUAUAUGCAAUAAACUAAAUAAUAAUUCAUUUUAUGUUUUUUUGAGUGUUUUAAAUAUGCCUGAAAAUAUAUUACAUUUUUUUGAUAAACAUUAUUCCAAUAUUCAAACUAUAUUAGAAAAUAGAUGUAUUUCUCCAUGUUUUUUAAAUUAUAAUAAAAUGGAUUUUUCGAAUAAAAGUGAAUAUUUUUUAUAUAAGCAAUGUUUAAUUAAUUUAGAAAAGUGUGUAAACGAUUUGUGUUUUUCCAAUAAAGUUAAUUAUGAAGAUGUAAUUGAAGAAAAUAUAAAUGAAUCAAUAAUGAGUGAUUCAGAAAAGAAAGAAGAAAAAGAAAAUUUAGCAAAAGAUAAUUGUGACAAAGUGAACUUUUUAAAAAAAAACAAAAAUUAUCAUUUACAGCUAUGGGAUAUUUGUGUGCAAAAUGGAAGUAUCACAUUAUUAUACAUAAAAAAAUAUUAUAAUAAAAAAAAAAAUAAUGAAUACAUACUUGAUAAUAUAUUAACAAAUGAAAAAUAUAAAAAUAUAAUUAACCAAAGAUGUUUUGUUGAUACAUAUUUAUCGGAUACAAAUAAUGAUAUAAAUAUUUAUUUAAAUAAUUUAUGUCUUGGUUUUAAAUUAGCGUCAAAAUAUGGACCUAUAGCACAAGAACCAAUAAGAGGUGCAUUAUUUAUAAUUGAAGGAUUGGUUAUUGAUGAAUUAUUUAAUGAAGAAAUAUUUGAAGAUAUAAAUACAAAAAAGGAAAAUUUAGAAGAAAAAAUAAAUCCAGGUAAUAUUAUUGCUUUAAUGAAAGAAACGUGUUUAAAUUCUAUGCAACAAAAUAAGCUAAGAAUAUUCGAGCCAAUGUUAAGACUAAAUUUAACAUGUGAAAGUAGCGUAUUAGGUAAAGUAUAUAAUGUUUUAUUAAAAAGAAGAUGCUCCAUAUUAUCUGAAGAAAUAAAAGAUGGAUAUUUUCUUUAUUGUAUUGAUGCUUAUUUGCCUUUAUUUAAUUCUUUUAAAUUAUCCGAAGAAUUAAGAUCAAAAUGUUCUGGUAAUGUUAUUUAUGAUAUCCAAUUCAGUCAUUGGAAUAAAUUAGAUGAAGAUAUAUUUUUGUUAAGUGAUAACUCAACUGUUAUAUAUGAUGAAGAUUUUGAUAUUAAAUUAACUGAUAAUACUGCAACAGAAAUAGUUAACUAUAUUAGAAGAGCAAAAGGAUUAGUAACAAACGAGAAAAUAAUACAAAAACCAGAAAAACAAUGUACCUUAAAGAAAUAG